UCCAUGAAAGUGACAAUCGGGGGGACUGACUUGACCUUUAGGCCCAACCCUUUCCCAGGCAAUAUAGGGAAGCCAUUCUACUAUUGGGUAUUUAGUAACAACACUGUUGCAGUUGGUCUCCCUAAUAAAUGAUUGGUUUAACUCUUUAUUUUCUCAUUUAGGAAUAACAACAAUGUUUUCCAGACUUGGAAAAACGCUUGGGAACAUCUUUAGGUCUAACCCUAAGGAUCCCAAAGCAGCACCAACCUUUCAGCGCGAGAUGAAAGGUAAAGAAGCGCUUGAGAAACAGGCUCAGGAGGAAGCGGAAGGAUUCGCCCGGCAGCGGGAUAUUCGAAUGGCUUUGCAGGAGAGGAUAAAGGAACAACUCAAUGAUGAAUUUCUGGACGAAGCUGUACAAUUUACUGUUCAGCAGAUCCAGAGAGGAUUUGAGAUUGAUUCCUGCCGAAUGCAGCAAGAAGAAGAACAAGAAAAAGCCAAGAAGGAAAUAAAAAAGCGCAAAUUAAGAAAUUUGCUUCUUAGGAAAAGGGAGAUCGAACGACAAACAGAACGCGAAACAGAAGUGGAGAGACAGACCGAACAGAGACUGAGACAAAUGGAAGAAUGGAAACAUCUACAGAGAGAAGCGCAGGAAGAAGCCAACAAAGAGAUUGCGAAGCGCAAACUCAGAAAUGAGCUUCUUCUUGAAAUGCUUGUAAACAAGAAAGAAGAGGAGAAAGUAAUGGAAGGUCGUGCAAUCGUUGAGGAAGAAGAGAAGAAGGAGAGCUUCGUGGCAGUGAUGGAAGCACAGAGCCAAGAAGAAAUCACUCCACCGGGAGAAGCUCUGAUGCUUUCAAUUCCAGAAACAUCUGCUGAGAAACUGAGGGACUCUUUACCUGAAGAGAAUGACGAUAUCGAAGAUAUCGAGGCGGCCAUAGAGGCUCGAGCUGCAGUCCGGAGAAAGGAGUUUGAGAAGAGCGAAAGAAAGAGAGCAGCUCGAAUCCGCAAAGCACCUCUAAGGAAACCGCCUUCCUUUUUCGACAUUCCUGACAGGGUAAAGAGGAGAACUCGUUUCUACCAGAUUGUGGAGAAGAUUGAUGGAACCCUGGACCCGACUGGGUUGGAGAGAAGGCUGGUGGAAAAAACGCCACCAACUAUCGAAGACUUCCAACUCCAGUCGUAUCUCGGCGAGGGAUCGUUCGGGAAGGUCUAUAGGGCACAGCACAGAAGCUCAGGGAAGAUUUUUGCCAUUAAGGCAAUUGAGAUGCACGAAAUCAACGAGAGGGAGAUCUUUCACUGUGUCACCCUAGAGCAGCGAAUCCUCCGACUAGUCGACGAGGAACAAUGUCUGUUCCUUGCUGGGCUACUCGGCUCCUUCCAGACACAAAACCACAUGUGUCUGGCUUUGGAGUUCGCGGAAGGAGGAGAUUUGGCUGCCUACGCGGAUACAGAGGAACUUCCACUCGACAGAGUUCGGUUCUAUUCCGCUUGCAUGGUGCUGGGGAUACAAUUCCUGCACCAACACAACAUCGCGCACAGGGAUAUAAAAGCCGACAAUGUUCUCCUGUAUGAAGACGGGUACGUGAAGAUCACCGACUUUGGGCUUUGCAAAGCAGGAAUGGCUGCUGACAGCACAGCCUCAAGUCAUUGCGGUACCCUUUUCUACAUGGCCCCGGAAAUCUUCAAAGGUCGAUAUACAAGAUCAGUCGACUGGUGGGCACUCGGAGUGACCAUCUACAAACUGCUCACUGGAGAUGUACCGUUUUAUGCCGAUACUGAUCUCGAGUACCUGAUGUUAGCAGGUCGUGAGGAGCCCGAAUAUCCUGACGACUUAACAGAAGACACUCGAGACAUAUUGGAAAAUCUCCUAAAGAAAGAUCCAGAGCAGCGCCUUGGGGCCGGAGAACAUGGAGCCGAGGACGUGAGGAAGAGCCCAUUCUUUGAGGGAUUAGACUGGGAGGCUCUUGAAAAGAAAGAGAUCGAGCCGCCAUUUAUCCCCAGAGGAAGAGCACACGGACAACCUGAAAUCAGCCUUAAACUAAAGGCUCAGGUUGAAGCCAAUGUGUGCGAAGAAGCCGAAUGGGCACUGGUGGAGCUGAACUACCCUUUCAGUUCAGCUUCAGAAACAGAAGAAGAAUUGUAA